GCGGGCGGAGGAGGAGGCGGUGGCGGUGGCGGGAUGGAGGGGCUCAUCCCGCUCGUUAACCGGCUGCAGGAUGCCUUCGCGGCGCUGGGCCAGAACUGCCUGCUCGACCUGCCGCAGAUCGCGGUGGUGGGCGGGCAGAGCGCCGGCAAGAGCUCCGUGCUGGAGAACUGCGUCUCCAGGGAUUUUCUUCCACGAGGUUCUGGAAUUGUGACAAGACGGCCGUUGGUCCUGCAGCUCAUCACUGCCAAAACAGAAUAUGCUGAAUUUCUACACUGCAAAGGGAAGAAAUUUACUGAUUUUGAUGAAGUUCGUCAGGAAAUUGAAGUUGAAACAGAUAGAGUGACAGGAAUGAACAAAGGCAUUUCUUCAGUUCCUAUUAAUUUAAGAAUAUAUUCUCCACAUGUCUUAAGCCUGACCCUUAUUGAUUUGCCGGGAAUCACUAAAGUGCCAGUGGGGGAUCAGCCUCCAGACAUCGAGCAGCAGAUCAGAGACAUGAUAAUGCAGUUCAUCUCCAGAGAGAACUGCCUGAUCCUGGCUGUGACUCCAGCUAACACUGACCUGGCCAACUCAGAUGCCCUGAAGCUGGCAAAGGAGGUGGAUCCUCAGGGCCUUAGAACCAUUGGUGUGAUCACAAAAUUGGAUCUGAUGGAUGAAGGAACAGAUGCAAGAGAAGUUCUAGAAAACAAACUCCUCCCUCUUCGUAGAGGUUAUAUUGGUGUUGUAAACAGAAGCCAGAAGGACAUUGAUGGGAAGAAGGACAUAAAAGCAGCUCUUCUAGCAGAAAGGAAAUUCUUUCUUUCCCACCCAUCCUACAGACACAUGGCAGAUCGGAUGGGGACACCCUAUCUCCAGAAAGUUCUAAACCAGCAACUUACCAAUCAUAUCCGGGAUACCCUGCCAGCCUUCAGAAGCAAACUCCAGAGCCAGCUGCUUUCUAUAGAACAUGAAGUAGAGGUGUACAAAAACUUCAGACCAGAAGAUCCCACCAGAAAAACAAAAGCCCUCUUGCAGAUGGUACAGCAGUUUUCAGUGGACUUUGAAAAAAGAAUUGAAGGAUCAGGAGAUCAAGUUGAUACGCUGGAACUUUCAGGAGGUGCCAAAAUCAAUCGUAUUUUCCAUGAACGUUUUCCCUUUGAACUUGUGAAGAUGGAAUUCAAUGAGAAGGAGCUGAGGAGAGAGAUAAGUUAUGCCAUCAAGAACAUCCAUGGCAUCAGAACAGGUUUGUUCACUCCAGAUAUGGCGUUUGAAGCCAUUGUUAAAAAACAGAUCGUUAAGCUGAAAGGACCUUGCUUAAAAAGUGUGGAUCUGGUGAUGCAAGAGUUAAUCAACACUGUCAAGAAGUGCACUAAAAAGUUGGCAACAUAUCCAAGGUUGUGUGAGGAAACAGAAAGAAUUGUUGCUGGCUACAUUCGUGAAAGAGAAGAGAAAACCAAGGACCAGAUGCUGCUGCUCAUUGAUAUCCAGGUUUCUUAUAUCAACACCAACCAUGAAGACUUCAUUGGCUUUGCAAAUGCCCAACAAAGAAGCAGUCAGGUUAACAAAAGUGCAGUGGGAAAUCAGGGAACCAAUCUACCGCCUUCAAGGCAAAUUGUCAUCCGGAAAGGCUGGCUCACCAUCAACAACAUUGGCAUCAUGAAAGGAGGCUCCAAGGAGUACUGGUUUGUCCUGACUGCAGAGAGCUUGUCCUGGUAUAAAGAUGAUGAGGAAAAAGAGAAGAAGUACAUGCUGCCUUUGGACAACUUGAAAGUGCGAGAUGUGGAAAAGAGCUUCAUGUCCAGCAAACACAUCUUUGCAUUGUUUAACACAGAGCAGAGGAAUGUUUACAAGGAUUACCGUUUCCUUGAGCUAGCCUGUGACUCCCAAGAGGAGGUGGAUAGCUGGAAGGCAUCUCUGCUACGAGCCGGUGUCUAUCCUGAUAAAUCCUCAGGGAGCAACAAAACUGAAACUGAAGAAAAUGGCCAAGCAGAUAAUUUUUCAAUGGACCCCCAGCUGGAAAGACAGGUGGAGACAAUUCGAAAUCUUGUGGACUCCUACAUGUCCAUUAUUAACAAAUGUAUCCGAGAUCUGAUCCCGAAAACAAUCAUGCACCUCAUGAUCAAUAAUGUAAAAGAAUUUAUCAACGCAGAGCUGCUGGCUCACCUGUAUUCCUCUGAGGACCAGAACACUCUGAUGGAGGAGUCGGCGGAGCAGGCGCAGCGGCGGGACGAGACCCUGCGCAUGUACCAGGCGCUGCAGGAGGCGCUGGCCAUCAUCGGGGACAUCAGCACCAGCACCGUGUCCACCCCUGCUCCCCCGCCUGUGGAUGACUCCUGGCUCCAGCAGGCACGCAGAUCACCUCCUCCAAGUCCUUCAACUCCGAGGAGACCUACCCUGAACAAUCCCCCCAGCAGACCCUUAUCUGGCCGAGGACCCGCUCCCGCCAUCCCCUCUCCGGGCCCGCAGUCGGGGGCGCCCCCGGUGCCGUUCCGCCCGGGAGCUCUGCCUCCGUUCCCCAGCGCCGAGGGCCACGGAGGGCCCCCCCAGGUUCCCUCUCGGCCCAGCCGGGCUCCUCCCAGCGUGCCAAGAUGAGUCUCCUGAAGACUGAGGAAAACCAAGUUCAUGGGAUGCCAGACAUUUCAGCCUGGGGACCAGAUCUGCUGCCACUGACUCUCAACCUCUCUCAGCAUCUCCCUCCAUCAGCCAGAGACAGGCUGGUCAUAUCUGCAGUGGCCCAGGAAUUUUCUGAUGGGCUGUGGCAAUUAACAAAAGUAUCUGAAGAAUCACUUGUUCUGCAUAGGGUUGAGGUUUGAUCCAUCUACUGCACCUCAGGUAGCUGUAAUCAUCUUGAGUAUUGUUCCUGAGCUACUUGCUCCUGCCUUAUUCAACAAAAAAUUGUUUUAAAACAAAGGGACAUUCAACUGGGACUGCUGCAAGUCACUUUAAAAGUUCAGCAAAGAGGAUCUGGCAGUGAAAUGGCUUUUCAUUACUCUUAGUGUAGACCAGAGCUAUGUGAUGGGGAAGGGUAAGUAAAAGAGAUGCAAGAGAGGGGAAGAAAAACAAGGAACCUGAAAAGCAUCAGAAUUCCAGAAGUGGUUCUGGAAUAAAGAUGAUGUUGCAAGUGCAGUCCUCAAACAUAGUAGGAGUGUCAUAGUAGGUUUGGUUUCAGUUCUUUUUUUUUCUUCUUAGAAUUUUCUCUCUCAAGAUACUGUUAGUAGAAGGAAAUGGUUUUAUUCUUAACAUCUCUCUACUUGAAGAAAGAAAGUAGAGUCAAGCAACAGCAGUUGUUUGACAGAAAUACAGGAACCUGAAGAUGUUAUUUGUGCCAAGAACUGAUUUAAUUUCAUGAUGGAGUGGUUUAAUAACAGUUGCCAUGAAGACAUUGCAGGAUUAGAGCAAUGGCAUUGAGCAGGGAAUUCCUGCCUUGUCAGAGAGUGGGUGAAUAGCAGUGCAUUUCUAGGCUGCCUUGUGCUAGAAGAGAAAACAUCUGAGAGUAAACAGAGAGAAACAGGGAUGAUUUGAACUUCCUGCAGCUGCAGGCAUCUUGAAAGGCUGUCUUGAAACUCUGCUGUCCCCUGUGAGCUGUGUUGGGUCAGUAGUGAUGAGGGCACUCCAUGGCUCCACUAACAACAGUGGUAAUCCCAUUAGUUGGCAUCAAGAAGAGGAGCAACUCCAGCUGCAGGUGACAACCAGGACAUUUGCUCCCCUUCUUGCACCAAGGUAAGUAAAGAGGAGAGAGGCAGCAAGGCAGAGGAAGGUCAAAGCUGAGUAGGAAGGAAGAGCAGAGAUGUGUUCAAAAGUGGGGUCCAUGGUUCACGCUGCUGUGAAGAGAUCAGAUGUUCUUCCUGCUGAUUUUGGGGCCCUUCUGUUGUCAUCUUCCAUGCCUAGAACAGCAUUCUGAAUGUUCCCACUCAGCACUCAUAACUUUCUCUUCUUCAUGGCCAAUUGUGACCCUCUGGACCAUCCCAACCUAAGGUUUCUGAAAGGCUGGGACAGAAUUCCUCAGAUGCACUGCACACUUGCUUACUUGACAUGUUCUCUGCUGAAGGGCAAACAAGAACACACAGUUUCUUAAGAAUAAUACUCUGUCUCGGUCACUCUGUUGAAUUAAUUUUGUGUUUAUUCAAGCUGAGCUUUUCAUAUGACACAUUAAUUCCCUGAAAUGACUAAUUUGAAAAUGCAGUGUUCACAUAAACAUACAAUAUAUGUGUAUGUGUGUGUGAUGGACAUUGAUUUAUUAUGGUCAUAUAGAAAACAUAGCUUGAGUUGUAGAUAAUAAAUUAUUCUGCUGGAACAUCAUAUUUUGGACCACAUUGCCUCUGAAAGGAAUAUCUGUAUUAAGUUAAAUCACACACAGUGGAACCUCACUAACCCCAGUGCUUUCAAACAGUGUAAGCCUUUGAAUUCAUGGAGAUUUAUACUGCUGCAGUGUAGUGGUGGCCAGUGCAAGGACACAUUCUUCCUUUCACUCUUUUUUUGUUUGUUUGUUUCUUUCAGCUAUCUGAUAAAACAGCAUAAUCUAAUAACCUUAACUUGCUUAUACUGAACAAAAAAAUUCUGUCACUGAGAGCCCUGUGCAGAGAGGUCACUUGAAGUUUUGGGGUUCAGCUGUAGGGACAGCUGAGGCAGUCCCUGGCAGUACACUCUGAGCACGCCCUCUGUGCUUUGUGGAGCUUGAGUUCAGCUGGAGAAUGCUUCAGAACUAGGAGCCACCCUCUAAAGCUGUGCUCUGUGCCUGAGGCUUCCCUUCCUGACCUGCCUGACCACACUGAUCCUCUGGGCAACAGUUACAGACAUUUUGUGUUUAGCAAAAUGACAUUUUCCAGUACAGAAACAAAUCUGAGCAAUUCUCACUCUCUUGGACCAUUCCACUGGGCUAAGGGACCAUCUCAGGCAGAUAUUCCCCAGCUCCUUUCACCUUCCAUCACCACUCCGUGCAGUUUCUCAUUUCCCCUGCAAUCACCAUCUCCUCCUGAUCCCUGCUGUGAUUCCUGUUUUACUCCUCCUCAUGUCAUCAUCCUUUUUCUGCUUUUCCUGCUUUGUUGUGACCUGUGUCACCAGGACAAAGUGCCUUUCUUCCCUGUUUUCCCCCUGGCUUUCUCACUUCCACUCCUGAGCUGAUAUUUGGGACACUCUGCAGCAGCCAUGCUGCAUCUGCUGUAGGACAGAGUUUAAGCCUGCACAGACUGAAGACUAAUUAGGUCUAGAAACUGUUUUGCCUCUGUUUUUGAAGCAUGAUGGAUACAGUACUUCCACUUCUGGAUUGUCCUCCAAAUCCUGAGGCUGAUGAAGGUCAAGAGAUGCCAUAUAAAAGUUAGGUUGAUACAAGAACCAGUAAUAGAGGAUGUUGGUCUCUCAGGAUCUUACUGAAACAGAGAAAACCAGAGAAAUAGUACAAAAAUAAAAUCAGUCGAAGCAUUAUAACUUUCUCAGGACCAAGCUACUUAGUUCUGUAAAUAAUCACCCAAACAGGAAACCAGAUUUAUUCCUCACCUGCAGUAAGUCACUGCACUCUGACCAUAUGCCUCACAUUCCAGGUUUGUUCUGUCACCUAAAACAAAUUUGCCUGCAGUCAGUCUUAAAGCUGCUUAGAGAUUUGAAGUAUUUUCUUGUUAAAUUCUACAAAGACGAUGUCACGUAUCGGGGUACUCCAAGAGGGCUGCGUUAUAGGGAAACCAACAUGAUGGAAAAGGGAGAGAAUAAUGGGCUUCUGUUCACAGCUUCAGAUCUGUAGGAUGUAUCAUAAAAUAGAGUUCUGUGCAUGCCUUCCACAAGUGUUCUCUGGUGGUUACAAGCAAGCAAGAACGUCAAAUCUAAGUGGAAAUGAAAGGCUUUUAUUUCGAAGUCCUCUGGCUGUGCUGUGAGAAGCCAUCUUCGAGCGGGGCCUCCCAUGGUAAUUACAGCCAUGCUUUACUGAAAGCACAUUUUGUGCACUCCGUGUGGGGAGCGAUAGGGCUUCUCAAAAGGCAAAGGCUCGAAGAACUCCCAUAUGUUUCUGAUCUAAUUUUAAGUCUAGACUUGCCUUAUUUAGUUUCUUUUGCUCGGCAUUUGCCUAGCUAAAGCUUUUAGGAGUUCUUUUAAAACUGGAAACAUGGAGGCGGGGGAGGAGGGGGGUGCUGCUAAGGUUAAAAAUAAAUGUAAAAACUUUUCCUUUUUUAAAAAGUUUUUGCACGGGGGUAAGAGCUCCCCUCCAUUCAAAACCCCACUGAGCUCUUCAAAGGAGAAGUCUCUGCAGCAACAUCAGGGAGUUAUUAAAUACAUACUUAGUCCACAAUUUUCAUUGGUAAAUUCUUUAUGUCUGCUUAAUGUGUGCUAGUUAGAAGAACUGAUUCUUUUUGCAGACUCGUUUACUCAGCCCCGGGGGGACCGAUGAUCUCCUGCCCCUUUAGCACUAACUUUAACAAACAGUUAAAAAAAAAAAAAAGGGCAGCAAAAUAACAACAACCCCAAAGACAAGAGAGUGAGUUAGGCGGGACACGGCCUGAAAAGGCAGCUGAAAUGUUGCCGACAACAGCCAGAAGGGUUUCCCGCAGCAGCGCCGCUUCCAUCGGAGCUUUCUCCGGGGCCGGAGCCGCUGCCCGGCUGCGAUAACCGGGACAGACCCGGCCCGCGCCGUCUGCGCCGCUAUCACCCGCUGGCCUCAGACUAAACAUUGAAGCGGCCUUAGUCACAUAUUUACUCACUGGGAUGGCAGCAGGGCUGCGGGGGAGGCUGUUUGUGCCCGCUGUCCCCCGGCCGGGCCGCGGGCAGGCUGCAGCUCCCCCUGCCGCCCUGCAGGCCCCGCUCCUCCCCGGCCUGCCCGGGGGCCGCGGCUCCGUGAGGGGCCUGGGCUCGGGGGCCAUGGGGCCGGGCCCGCGCUCGGUUGCCUCAGGGCUGUGCUUGGCAGAGCUGCCCCGGAGUUGAUGCCGGCUCUGUUGUCUCUAUGUGGCCCAGGAUCCUGCACCGCUCCCGGGGCUCCCGGCCACUGCUCCGGCCGGGAAGGAGCCAGGGAGAGACGAGAGACACAGCCUCGCCUCUUGUUUUUGGGGUUGAAAUUCUUGUUAGGGGGUGAAAAAGGUCUGAGUGCUACUCCCAGUGUAGAAAUGGUCACAGAAUGAUUUGUCACCUUGAUAGGGAAGUCUAGGACAGGCAACUUCAGGGCUUGUACUUUCCUUCACUCACACUCGAGCUCCAGCUGAUGCUGAGUGCCAGUGGCAAAGGAAGGGGGGGAAAAGGUACAGAACCCCCUGUCUGUUCCCCAGGCUGAGCCCCUGUGCUCUGCCCAGGGCCUCGGGGGCACGGUGCCCCUUCCUGCACUGCUGCAGGUACCCCAGAAGACUGUCAGCAGCAGGGCUGCAGGGACAUGCUGCUGCUGGUGCUGCUGCAGCUCUUUUCCCCAGCGCUGCCUUUCCCAAACAUUGCCCUCCUCUAGGAGGCUCUGCAGGUCCUGCUGCCCCAGUUUGUGUGGGGGUUAAGGAGCUGGAGGUGCACGGCAGGGAGGCAGCACCCUUGAGGGGCUGGAGCUGAGGAGGGCUCUGCCUGCUCCUCACGGAUGUGCUGCCCAUGCCCAGCGGGAGGACACACGGGUGUUUGUGUCACAGCAUCCCAGACACAUGUGGGAGCAUCCACAGAUGGGUUAGAGCAUCCACAGACAGGACAGAGCAUCCACAGAUGGGUCAGAGCACCCACAGACAGGACAGAGCAUCCACAGACAGGUCAGAGCACCCACAGACAGGACAGAGCAUCCACAGACAGGUCAGAGCACCCACAGAUGGGUCAGAGCACCCAUAGACAGGACAGAGCACCCACAGACAGGUCAGAGCACCCACAGACAGGUCAGAGCACCCACGGGUGGGUCAGAGCUCCCCGGGUCAGAGCUCCCUGCUCUGAGCACUCCUGUCUGUAGGGCAAUGCCACAGGGACAAGGAUGGGUGGCUCGGCAGCAGCUCCUCAUCAGAGCAUCCCCUUGGGGGAAUCAGCUUCUCCCAAAGCAUUUGGCAUUCUGCAGUGGGGAAGAGCUAAUGGGGAGUUCUUCCCUUCAGGGCUGCACUGGGCUUGAGUGGAAACUCAAACUAGGCCAGGGUACAGAGACAGCGCUGGUUCAAGGGGGAAAUGGGGCCUGAUUGUGGCUCAGGUUUGGUUUGACUGAUUGCAUCCAGGAAAUCCUCCCACUGUGCUCUCCAGUUUCUGAUCCUGCUGUGUUAAAUGGCGAUUUGGCUAAAUUGCAUUAUUUGAAUCCAGUGGGCUGCAUUUAACCUGGUAUUAAAAUGCAUGUUUGGGCUUUUAAAUUUGAUAUGAAGACAGCUGUAUGCAUUUUCCCUUGUUUGUCAAUUGCAUACAUAUGAUACAAUGUUUUCGGUAAGCGCUAAACAAUGCAAUGUGAGGCAUUUCAACAAAGGAAUAAUUUAAUGCAACCCAGCAGAAAUGCAGAGCCUUAGAAGUGGUUCUUUAUGAAACUACAAAUUUUGGAAAUGAGUCCAGAAGACCUACACUGGAGCAACACAAGAAACAAUAGUUAACACAGUAACAUUUUUCCUGUAAGAAAAAUACACCAUGAAGAAAUUAUAUUUUGCCUAUUUUUUUUUAGUUUGUUGAUUUACUUGAAUGCUUUAGUUGGCAUAUUUUCUAUUGGUUGCAUGGUAGGGAUUAAAAUUCUCGUUUUUUCACCAAAAGAGAAUAUUGUCACACAAGAUGCACUUUGAGCCAGACGAGAUUUUUUUUUUUUUGUCAAGUGUAAAUUUGUCUCACAUAUUUUGUUCCAGUUCAAAGAAAAUUAGCACAUUGUUACAUUCUUUUCAUCUUCAGUUUAGCUUUAGCAGAAUGAGACACAUUUCCUUCCUAAUCUUCUUCAGAGCCACAACUUGUAGGGGCACAAAGUCCCUACUUGCACAGGUGGAGGAUGGGUUAGGAAGGGCUGCACAUUUGUUGGGGCAAAUUAUUAAUUUUUUGUUAUUAUUUAAAAAUUAUUAAUGAGCUCUGCUGGAGCUGAUGGGAGCCUCAGCUCCCACCUUGCUCAGAGCCUGGGUGAGCCAUGGGCUCUCCUGGUGAUCUGAGCUGGGUUAAGGAAUAGAGAGAGAGUAGCUGGUACUUCCUGCUAAAGGGAGCAAAACCAGUGUGUAGGACAUGCACUGAGAUAAAUGCAGCACCAGAGCAGCAACAAAAUACUCUUUGUAACUGAGCUGAGGGAAUGACCUCCACACAGCCCUGAGGGGGACCUUCCUGCACACAAACAGGUAAAGUGUUACACAGCUACCAGGGGGACUCUGUCUACAGCUCCAGCAGAGCUGGGUGUUAUCCUUGGGGAAGGGAGGGAAGGAUAAAUGCCAGCCUGGACUGCAGGUAGGAUGUGCUUGGAGAUCACUGCUGCUCACUCUUGCUCUGGGGUCUGUUAUUAGAGAAUGACAGAGUCCAAAUUAAAAUGCAGAGGUUUUCAGUACACAGGAAAAUUGAAUGAAGGCACCUAAGUCUUCCCAAAAAAUCUGUGACUAUGUAGCACUUCCUGAAGUUGAUAGAGAAAUGCAUUCAUGGUAAAUUAAUGAAUCCAGCAGCCCUGGCCACAGUUGGCAUUUUCAAGACUGUUGAUUUAAAGCCUCAAAAUGUGCCUCAGAUUCAGGCCUAUUGAUAGGGCUACAGUUUGCCCAGGUGUGCAAGAAGCUGAUCUUCCUGCUCCUGCAAGGCAGAUCUGAAGCUGCUGCAGGCUGGGACUGAGCCCUGAAACCAGGGAAUAACCACCCUGCCCUGCUGGUUUGUGGCUCCAGAAGGCAGCAGUGUGUGCAGAGCCCCCAGGCUGUGCACAGUGAUGGGUGAGAGGGUAAAGCAUGGCAGAAAUGGCAAAACCCAUUUCCUCCUUCCGUCCUGUGCAUGCUCAGGGCUGUCUGGCUUCGGGGUGCAUGGCAGUAGGAUUGUUGUGUGUACGAGCACGUGCUUGUCCAUGUCACAACAGCCAGAGGUGUGGGUUUGUGCUCCGGGUCUGUGCUUAGUGCUUGUACUCAGGGUCUGUGCUCAGUGUUUGUGCUCAGUGUUUGUGCUCAGUGUUUGUGCUCAGGGUCUGUGCUCAGUGUGUGUGCUCAGUGUUUGUGCUCAGUGCUUGUGCUCAGUGCUUGUGCUCAGUGUUUGUGCUCAGUGUGCUCAGUGCUUGUGCUCAGUGUUUGUGCUCAGGGUCUGUGCUCAGGGUCUGUGCUCAGUGU